AUGACCGAGGCUGAUGGACGACGAGAUGCCAAGCCGCCACUAGACGCCGAUGGUCGUUCCCCAUAUCCGCCUGCGGCUCUCGAUUCUGUUGUAUCAACCUUCUCGCCCGCUUACGACUUGCCAUACCAGAACAGCUCUGCGCCGUCGCGCGCCCUGAACGUCGUCCACCGCAGCUCCCAUCAUACUGGCGACGCGAACAAUGUGCCAGACGGCGUCGUAUCUCAACAGCCGUCUGAUGCGACAGGACUGCCUGGUUCCAUCAUGAUGUCCACCGCCGAUUCCGAGUCCUCCAUGGGUGCAACAGUACCUACGUCAGGCCAGGACAGUCAUAAUAAUUUUGUGGACGAUGGCGACGCCAUCAGUCCAUCCAGCUCCCGGGACCCUGGUACCGCUCCGACGGAUGGGAAUUCGGAAGGAAGAAACCCGGAGCAAGGAUCCCAGAACGACGGCGAGAAACUACCUCCAUGGAGCGAAUUGAAGACCAAGGCGGGCAAGGAGAGGAAGCGACUGCCUCUCGCGUGCAUUGCCUGUCGACGGAAGAAGAUCAGAUGCUCUGGCGAAAAGCCCGCCUGCAAGCAUUGCUUCCGCUCGCGCAUCCCGUGCGUCUACAAAGUCACCACCCGGAAAGCUGCGCCGCGGACGGAUUACAUGGCGAUGUUGGACAAGCGGCUAAAGCGUAUGGAAGAAAGAGUGAUCAAGGCCAUACCAAAGGAUGAGCCCCGGGAUUUAGCUUCCAUCGGGCGAGCAGUCGUGAAACCAGCCCCUCCUGGCCAGACACCCAAAGCUCCCAAGACCGCGCAGAAAAAGAGGUCUGCGGACGAAGCAUUCGCAGCGGAACUAGACGAAUGGACACGAGGACCAAAAACUACAGCUCCCGAUCCAAUCCCAGCAAAUGGCAACAUCCGGCAGCCCGAUGCGAGUGGACUGCUCACGGAGGGAGCCGAGUUUUUGCCUCCGAUGGAGAUCCAGGAGCAUCUGGCGGAGGUCUUCUUUGACUGCGUGUACGGUCAAUCCUACCUGCUGCUGCACAAGCCUAGUUUCAUGCGCAGACUGAAGGCCGGAACUAUUCCCCCUGUGCUGAUUCUCGCCGUCUGUGCUGUGUCCGCUCGGUUUUCGACACAUCCGGAGGUCAGCUCAGAACCAGCGUUCCAACGAGGCGAGAACUGGGCCAAUCCGGCGGCUGCGAUCGCCCUGAGUCGACACGACGAGCCCAACAUUACGAUUCUUACGGUAUUCCUGUUGCUGGGUCUGCAUGAGUUCGGAACCUGUCAUGGCGGCCGCAGUUGGUCCUUUGGCGGACAGGCCCUAAGGAUGGCCUACGCGCUGCAGCUACAUCGGGAACUCGACCAUGACCCCUUGGGGCAGAACAAUUCGAAAGCAUCAGAAAUCAGUUUUACAGACCGCGAGAUCCGCAGACGCACUAUGUGGGCGUGCGUGUUGAUGGACCGCUACAACUCGUCGGGCAGUCAGCGGCCGCCCAUCGGGAAUGAGAAGUUCCUGCAUAUCCAGCUGCCUGUCAAAGAAUCACAUUUUCAGAUGGAGAUCCCAGGCCCAACGGAGGAUCUCGACGGGAAUGUCCCGAAUCCGGUGCCCGAAGGCUACGGGCAGCUUUCCAACCCGAAGGAUAACAUGGGAGUGUCGGCCUACAUCAUCCGUGCGAUCAUGCUCUGGGGCCGCAUUGUGGACUACCUCAACUUGGGAGGGAAGAAGAAGGAUCCCCAUCCUUUAUGGUCACCAGAAUCGGGCUACAGUCGGCUCAAGCGGCAGAUCGAGGAGUUUUCCGCCUCGCUGCCCAGCUUCCUCGCCUUUACGCUGGAGAACCUCCAGAAUCACGCCGCGGAAAAAGUGGCGAAUCAGUUUCUUUUUCUCCAUAUGAUCAUCCAUCAAAACGUGCUUUUUCUCAACCAAUUCGCUAUUCCCUUGUCACCAGGGGUUCGCCCACCCAAAGACAUGCCCAAGGCGUUUCUCAGCGACGCUGGUCGAGCGGCUGUCGAGGCCGCUCACCACAUCUCCCUGCUGAUCGACCGCGCCUCUGGCUAUCUCCUCACCGUCCCGUUUGCGGGAUACUGCGCUUACUCGGCUAGCACGGUGCACAUAUGGGGGAUCUUCUCCAAGAAUGCGCAGUUAGAAGCCCGCUCGAAGGAGAACCUGCGACACACGUACCGGUAUCUCAACAAGAUGAAGCGAUACUGGGGCAUGUUCCAUUACAUGGUGGAAAGUGCCAAGGAUCGGUACCGGCAGUUUGCUGACGCCGCCAUCAAGGGGACGGUGGCACACCAGAGCCGACAGGGCUCCCCGAUGUUCCAGUACGGAGACUGGUUCGACAAGUAUCCCCAUGGUGUGGCGCAGACUCAUUGGCAAGACCUGGAGACCAACAUGAAGAAAGAGACGGGCGAAGACGCCGUUAUGGCUCAGCGACCCGAUCUUCAGAGCGUGGAAGAAUUCUUCGCCAGUCUUUCCCCGACCCCACGGACAGGUCCUCCCCGCAAACAGGCGCGGAAGCAAGAUCGCGCGGGUACGAAGGAUGCGCCGACGGAGAUGAUGCCCCCUCCGGCGCCCAACUUCGAUGCCGUGACAGGACUGUCAAUGGCAACUCCACAGGCCGUCCUGGGUGCUGGGGCGCCCGACUUCAACCAGCAACAGAUGUAUCAGUCACCGUUCGACGUCGCCUUCACGCCAGAUCAUCUCCCGCAGCUCGACCGGCAGCUCGUGUACGGCGCGUAUGCUGGGUUGGAGCCCACAAUGGCGCACAACCAGAUGCCCGUGCCGAUUCCAAGCGAACCGGCGGCUCCGCAGAAUGGGGCUGCGGUCUGGGGAGAUCCGUUUGCGAUGAAUGGAACGCCGGCCGGAACGGGCGAGUUCUUUCAGCCAAGUGCGUGGUUCCUGCCAUUCAACUUGGAUCCCGUCGGGGCGGGCAUGUCGAUGGAUGGCUCGCCCCCCGAUCAGACCGGUGGCGGAGGGAACAUGAUGAGUCCGUAUGCGAUGGGUAUGACGGGGAUGGGCACUCCGGGGAACGUGCCUCCCCAGUGA